AUGUUCAAGCACGUCCAGGAGACCUAUCAAGGGGCAGUCACGCUGAGCUUCGACCCGUACCUCUUCCAAGCCGCCGGGUUUUAUGGUACGAUCGAGAUCGCGAAAACGAAUGAGCAGUUUACAUCCGCCUUUAUCUAUUUCAUCCUGAACGGUCCGUUGGCAACCUUUGGAUUCGCCGAGAUCCGCGGGGUUGUCGGCGGGUUUGGAUACAACAAUAGUCUGCAGUUCCCAUCGGUAACCAAUGUGCUGGACUUCCCCUUGAUCACCCCCCCAGCCGCGACAAAACCCGAUGAGGCUUUGAAGGCUCUCAUGGACGGGACCUGGUUUUUCUCCAAAAAGGAUUCAUUCUGGCUCGCAGCCGGGCUCACCGUGCUAGCGUUUGAGAUCCUGAACAUGCAGGCUGCGCUCGUAGUGGAAUGGGAUCCCAAGGUUAAAAUCGGCCUCUUUGCUGUCGCCACGGCGGACAUGCCGGCCAAGGCCGACAAGAAAUUCGCCCACGUCCAGCUGGGCAUGACGGCGGUGCUCGACCUGGAGACUGGCACCCUGAAGAUUGAGGGUCAGCUGACCCCCGCAUCCUACGUGCUGGAUCCCAGCUGCCAUCUGACGGGCGGAUUCGGCUUCUAUACCUGGUUUGCUAAUGAUAAAAGCACCUCCGCUGGCGACUUUGUCUUCACUAUCGGAGGGUAUCAUCGGUCAUAUCAAGUGCCACCGUAUUACCCCAAGCCGCCUCGCUUGGCAAUCAGUUGGGCUUACGACACCUCGAUUAGCAUUCGCGGUGAGGCCUAUUUCGCUAUUACCCCCAAAGUCUGCAUGGGGGGAGGGCGCUUGGAUGCGUCCCUCACUCUGGGAGCCCUUUAUGCCUUCUUUAACGCCUACGCAGACUUCCUGAUCAAAUACAACCCGUUCUUUUUCAUCGCUGAUGGGGGCGUCAGCGUCGGGGUCCGGUUCACUCUCGACCUGUGGAUCUGCACGGUGCAUAUCAGCAUCGAGUUGUCGGCGACGCUAUACAUCCAAGGCCCGCCUAUCUCCGGGACGGUUCAUGUCAACUUCUGGGUGUUCGGCUUCGAUAUCAACUUUGGGUCCCGCGAUGAGCACCAAAAUGACCCUAUUAGCCUGCAAGCUUUCUACGAUCAGGCCUUGCAAUCGGAUCUGCCCAGGAACAAAGGCGAGAGUAAGCCCCCGCCGCCAUUUAUUUUCACCUGUAACCAGGGCCUUAUUCCAUCCAGCGAGACCAAUGCAAAGACCAGCCCGAAUGAUGCUGAUGAGGUCUGGAAUGUCCGUGGAGCAGUCUUUCAGUUUACCGUUGGCUGCAAGUUUGCCAUUCGAAAUGCCAUCGUAGUGACGGGUCAGCUAGGCACUACCGAGGAGGAUCAGAAAGUUCAGAUUCCAAAGGAUGACAAGGACAUGCUCGAACUCUACGCUAAGCCGAUGCAGCUCAAGAAAUCACUAAUGAGCACAUUGACGGUGACAAUCAGGCCUAUACAGGAAAGGAAGGAACUGACGGCAUCAGAUGAGCCUGUUGGGGUGCCCAAGUGGGAAAAGGCCACCCUGAUCUUUAAAGCUGUGCCGGUUGCACUAUGGGGAUACUACGACGAAAAUGAAGACCCCAAUAAUCCCAAUGUCAGGGACCCUAACCAGAUUGGACCCCUCCUCAGAAGCGACAAACAUUCCGUCAGCCAAGCAAUGGGAAUUACCGUCUCCUCCCCCCUGCCGGAGCUGAGCGUCUAUGAUAAAAUCAAGGCAUUUCAGUACAAAACCUUCUUCAUUAAUGAAGCCGGCGGGCCAUAUCCAUUCCCUCGAGUCCCCACAGUAGAGACACUCUGGGAUCCACUACCGGAAGAUCGCACAAGCAAAGCCUGGGAAAACGCGAGGCGGAAAUGGAACGGUGACCCAGGGUUAGGGAAAGGCGCAGCAGAGACCUUUGUGGAUUUAUGGGCAAAGCUUAGCUUUGCCCAGUGGAAUUUGACGGAGGCAGGAGCAAUCAGGGGAACCAAGCCGACGAGCCUGGUGGACAAUGAAGAUACGUUUGCGACGCUCUUUCUCGAAGCACCUCGCAUGGGGAUUCCUGUAGCUGCUUGA